GAAGGAACAUGGAACAAUGAACUUUACAUCCAUUUUUAAGAGUAUAAAAGUAAAACUAGGUUUAUCCAUAAAGCUCAAAGGUUUUAACUGCUUUUUUAUUUGUACUGAAUAAAAUAAAGUUUAAAUCACAUCUGAUUUGAGCAACUUACUCAAAGAAAUGUGUACUUUUAUUACUAAAUGUAGUUUUAUGAUUAAAUACUUUGUUGAUAAGAUCAGAAGAUUUAUCAGAUAUAAUUGUGAAUAGUUCUUACUUCCUUAAUCAGUAUAUUUGUCCAUGUCAAAAAGAAGUGGGGAUACAUUUGAGUCAUUGAAAGAGUUGGAAACAUUUGCUCCAAACUAGUUUAGUAUGCUUACAAUGUCAUUUGUCCUUCAGCUGUGAAUCAGACUGGUAUCUUUCUGUUUUAAGUCUUUCAUUAUCAGGUAGAUGCUGCUGCUGCCACCUGCUGGAUGGUCAUGAGACCUGCAGCUCCUUUUAAAGGCGUUUUUGGUUUCCUCUGUUGUUGAUUUCAGUUUGAAUUUAAUCUGGUUUUGUUGGAAAAAUCUGUUAAUGGGUUUCUUAGCAAGAUUGUUUAUAUCCUAUAUUUGCAGGGUGAGCAGCAGAAGAGGAUAAAGUUAAUUAAAACCAAUAUUGAAAUUUUCCAUUUAAUCCCCAUGUCAACACAUCUACAGUUUAAAUAGAGGAUUUUCAAGUUCAUUUUUAUUUCUUGUUGCCAGACAUUAGUUAACAGUGUAAUCUCACAUCGACAUGGGCUUGGUUUUCUCCAGGCACUCCAGCUUUCCCCCAUAGUCUAAAAUCCUGGUUCAUUGAUGUCUCUAAAUUGCUCUCAGGUGUGCGUGUGAGUGUGUGGUUGUGUGGCCCUGAAACAGACCAGCCACCUGCUUACCUUCACCCAACAGCAGCCGGGUUGGCUCCAGCAACCUGCUAAAUGUGAAGACCAAAGAUGAUGUAACAGUCUCUGACUGCUGGCCCCUGACCUAAUUGGCAAGACAGAACUGGAAAAACUACAAACAUUUUUACCAAACAAGUAUCAUAAAUGCCAGACAGAGCCUCCAUGGACGGGCUGGAGAAGAAACUGGAAGGUCUGACCAUCGCUCAGCGCUGUCAUCCAGAGCAGUCCACCUACCUGCUGCACCUGGCCCUGCACCCCUGCGGGCCUCUGGCCGUGUCCUGCUCCAGCUUCUCCAUCCGCCUGCAUGACCGGAACACUCUGGACCUCCUGGGGGAGUGUCAGGACCACAGCGGGGCAAUGUGCGGCCUCACGUUUGCCCACACCUCGCCUGUGCUCCUGUACUCUGGCUCAGCUGAUGGCACGGUCCGGGCGUGGGACACCCGCCGCCCCGGCUCGAAGGCGGUGCAGAUUUUCAAAAGUGAGGCAGCUCACUGUUACAGCAGUGUGGGCCUGAGCUGCAGCGACACGCUCCUGUGUGCCGGCACGGAGCAGAUCAGCGACGGCGACAGCUUCCUGGUCUUCUGGGAUUCCAGGAAAGCCGGUGCCCUUCUGGGGGUGUAUUCAGAGUCGCACAGUGAUGACAUCACCCAAGUGUGCUUCCAUCCACAGGAUAAAGACCGACUAGCCUCUGGUUCCACAGAUGGACUUGUUAAUGUUUUUGACCUGAGCCAGGGGACGGAGGACGAGGCGCUUCUGGCCACCUGUAACAGCGGCUCCUCGGCGGCGGCGGUGUGCUGGUCCGGAGCUGAACACACCCAGCUGCUGUGCCUCAGCCACGACGAGGGCCUCCACCUGUGGGACCUUGGCCAGCUGGAAACAGACGAGCCUCUCACCCUCUUCAGCGCCGCUGACGCCCGCAGCCUGGCUCCUCUGCCUGACAGGGGAGGCGUGGACUACCUGGUUGGCGGGCAGUGGCUGCAGGAAGACCAGAAGCUGCUGGUGUUGGGGGGAAUGAGCAGCGGGGACCUCCACCUGAUGGAGUGUGACAGCAGCGGGCUGCAUCUGCUGAGAAGCCUUGAAGGCGGCCACACCUCCACGGCCCGGUGCUUCCUGUGGGAUGCAGCGCGGGGCGCUCUGAUCACCGGGGGAGAGGAUGCGCAGCUGUUGCUAUGGAAACCGGAGGAGAGGCAGGUCACCGCAGGAAUAAGGGAAUCCAUGAAGAGCAAAUCAGCUUUAAAAUUAAAAUCCAGACCUCAUAAGAAGUAUGGGUAUCAGAGGGAGAGGAAGGGGACGUGACCAAAACACGGUCAUCUGGACCGAAGCUGACGGGCAGCUGGGACAGACAGGCGCCUGAUGGGUGUGCUGCUGCACCGAAAUAAUUUUUUAAUGCUUUUGUUUUCACUGUUUUUAAAUGAAAACGAAUUUUGAUGCAUCAGCUGAUCUCAACGCUUCAUUUUCCGCUUAUUGACUGAUCAAGUCAAUAUGCAGAAAAAAAGGAUGGAGUCCGUCUCUCACCAGGAGCCUCUCUGCUCAGGAGAACGGAGGGACUCAUAAUGUGUUUUUAAUGGUAUUUUAGACUAACUUUGUGCGCAAACAUUUAAAAAGCCUGUAUGACAGCAAAUAUGAGCUACUUGCAAGGAAGUUGAACACCAUCAGCUCAUCCCCUUUUCAGGAAGAACUGACAGCAUAGCAGGUAAACAUGCUGGAGCUGCUCCACUGCAGCGCGGUCAGAGGCCGAGCCAACAGAACCUGGUUUGUUUGGGGUCCACAGAUCCAUGACUCUGAACAAUCUGAUUCUUCUAUGUGGAUCUGCCAUUUUGGACACAUUUCUCCACACACUGCUGUGAUCAUAGCAGUAUAACCACCAACAUCAGUCCAGUUCUGGGCCCUCAGGUCACACCAGCAUGCAGAAGAAUAUGGAAACUGCAGUUAAACAGCUUUUUUUUUGGAACGUUAAAGGAUUCUGUAUAUUUGGAAAUAAUAAACAGAACUUCCGGUGGGA